AGUACGUCCCGGGCGGCGAUCUCCACGACUUGGUGGGGCGAUGCCCCACGGAGCCGGGCCUGGAGCGAGAGGCCAAGGCGUGGCCAGUGAUCUUGUCCUUGCUCCGAGCAGUGCGUUCGCUCCAUCAUUUUGGAGUGGCCCAUGGUGACAUCUCCUUGGAAAACGCCUUGUUGGGCCAAGAUGGAGAGGUGCGCUUGGUGGACUUUGCCGCAGCUGUCACGGAGAGCACUGUGCUUGGAAGCCGCGGGAAGCCCUCCUACCAGGCGCCUGAAAUGCAUCAGACGACGCGGGCCUACGACCCACGGGCGGCGGAUCUCUUCGCGUGUGGCGUCUUUGCCUAUUGCCUGGCUUUGGCGGACUACCCCUGGAGAUGCACCAGGCCUCGGCAAUGCUCGGCCUUUGACUUCUUUAUGGCCCGUGGAUUGUCAGCCUUCCUAGCCCAGCGACGUGUCCGUUUUAACGAUGCCAAGGGGCCGCCCGUGGAGACGGUGCUCUCGCCCAAGUUGCAGCACCUGCUUAAGAUCCUCUUGGAUCCGACGCCUGAGAAGCGCUAUCAAGUGUGGCAGGAGCUAUGGGAGGAACCACCGACCUCGUUGAAAGUGGACUUACCAGAAAACCCGUCAGCGGAGGAUCACACCCAUCUCCUUCCCUUGAAGGUGAAGUGAUGGCUGAAAGCCGCCGCCGUGAUUCCAACGUCGAAGACCAUACACAAUGGUGGAGGGAUGCAGUGUUCGGUGGACCGUUGGCCCCGUUUGCCCUGUUGGGCCACAAACCGCCACCAUCUUUGGCGAUGCGUUGCAUGGCGCAUUUUGGAGAAACUGGACGUGUGGGUCACCGUCGGUUCCGCCGAACUCCACACCGCCUCCGCGGAUGAGAAGCAGAAGGUUCUCCAGGUUGCAAGGUGGACGCCUGGACCAUGACGUGACUUGUGACCGAGACGCUGUGACCUGUCCGGACGUGGAGACGCCGUUCACCUGCUGAACACCGGGUUUCAGACAGCAAGAACCGGUGUGAGAAAGAGUGCCAGUGCCAGGGAUGCCUGGCCUUGAGGACCUUUAGUUACUUUAGUUGUCGAGAUUGUUUGAACGCGAGGGAGGCAGGUCGAUGUGAGGCAGGUCAACUGGAGGGAGUCUGAGCGCGAAGCCCGUG